CAGCCAACAUGGCAGUUGAUGUAACAAAUUUGUUUAAAGCUACAGUCAAAUCUGUAAAGUCCAGGAACAAGUUAUCAGGAGAAAAUGGAUCAGGAGAUAAAAGUAGUAUACUAGGUCACACGAGAAAGAAAGGGGACUUUGAAACAAAAGCUAAAGACGUCGUUUCAAAUAUAACUCAGUUAAGAGACUUUUUACUGACACAUCGAAAGGAAUAUGUUCAUACAGGAAGUCACCUGUCUACUGAGGCCUCCAAGAUGUCUGAUGCUGAAAGAGAUCAAAUUGACAAUGAUGCACAGAAUAUCAUCAGGAAAUGUCAGGAAUCUAUUGGUAUAUUACGUCUUGAUUCAUCACAGCAUCCGGUUCAUCCACAGGUUAAAGAACACAGGCAGAUAGUUAUAUUCUUAAUGGGUGAAUAUCUUAAAGCUAUAUGUAAAAUAUAUAGCGAACAGAAAGCUGUACGUGUAAAAAGAGCUGUAGAUAGAAAAAAUAUUUCUCGACUCAAACCAGAAACUAAAAGCAGUCCUAUAAAGAAUACAGAUCUAAGUUCAUUAUUAAAGAAAUCUAAAGAUGAUACUACAGUAGAAGAAAAUAUAAGUUCUAAUGCUAAAACACCUAAUCAGAGUAAGAAAGUUCCAGCACCACCAGAAAAUCAACCAACAUUUUCACCUGAUGAUGAUAUAUCACCUGAGGAAGCACAGAUGUUUGAGGAGGAAAAUAAAGCAUUAUACGACGAAAUGAAUAGUAUGGCUCAUGAAGUCAGACAAAUAGAAGGGAAAGUGAUAGAAAUAGCCAAAUUACAAGAAAUUUUUGCAGAGAAAGUUUUAGAACAGGAGAAAGAUAUAGAUCAUAUAGCUAGUACAGCUGUUGGUACAACAGAGAAUAUUAUAGAUGCAAAUGAAGAGAUUCGAGAGGCUAUACAGAAAAAAGCUGAGUUUCGAGUGUAUAUAUUAUUUUUUCUUGUGAUGUGUGCGUUGUCAUUGUUAUUUUUGGACUGGUAUAACGGCUGAUGUCGUGUGUGUAUAAUCUAGGAACAAUUUAAAAAGACUUCAUUAUAAUUAUUCCGGAAUUAGGAAGCCGCUGAAAUAUAUGGAGGGUGAGGUACAGGCUUGAUGUCCUUUAGAUGAGCUGUUUUUUGUCUUGCAUGAUGUCAAAUAUUCUAGUCUUGACCCACUGGGAAUUAAAUUAAAUACUGCCUCAAAAUCAUUUAACUAAGUAUCCCCAGAGUUACGUCUUAUAGAAUAAGCCAAUGUACAACUAUGUCUAGUAUGGUCUCUCAAAAACAUAUCUAAAUUGGUUCUUGUUGCACAAGGUUAGUGUGAAGUUCCGUACAGAAUAGUUCAAGUUUUCUAUAAAAGAAAUGUUCAUGGUCAGCGUGGAAAAGUGGAACUAACUAUUCUUAUCACAUGAUUUUGACUUGUACAAUUGUUAGUCAUGAGCAUUGGUAAUUUCUCAUGUCUGAUAAAUUGCUGCCUUUGAU